UCGAUAUCAGACAUCGGUAAAUCGUUCUCACAUGGAAAGAACUUGGCUAAGCUAGACAAGGAGCAGCCACCAAUUGGUCCACAAUUGGAAUUGCCGAAGGUAGACUCUAUGCCUAGAGAUAUGAGCAAAGAUGGUUCGAAUGCGGAUAUUAGUAAGGGCAACACGCAUUUUAUGAAGAAACUACCACAUGGCGUUGAAGCUAGUAACGUAUUGAUUGGAGAAGUGGACUUCCUGCAGCGUCAUAUCUGCGCUUUUGUACGCCUCAAGGCGGCCAAUGUUCUCGGAGAUCUUACAGAGGUUCCCGUACCGACCAGGUUCAUCUUUCUGAUGCUUGGUCCCACAGGUCAUGGAGCGCAGUACAAGGAGAUUGGUCGAGCCAUCGCAACCCUGAUGGCUGACGAGAUUUUCCACGACGUUGCCUAUAAAGCACGCAACAAAGAAGAUUUGCUUGACGGCGUUGACGAGUUUUUGGAUCAGGUCACCGUCCUGCCUCCUGGCGAAUGGGAUCCCACAAUACGUAUUGAGCCACCUAAUCAGAUUCCUUCGCAGGAGAAAAGAAAACAGAUUGGACAAGAGUUUUUGCUUGAAAACGUUGAACUUUCAAAAGGCAAAAGUGUUGGCAAAGAUGAGUUGGAAGAAGAGGAAGCCGGCCAUGGUGCUGAUCCAGCUUUGAGGCGAACCGGGCGUUUGUGCGGUGGUUUGGUCCUUGAUAUCAAGCGGAAGGCACCUCAUUUUUUGAGCGACUUCACUGAUGCGUUCAACUUACAAUGCUUGGCCACUAUCUGCUUCAUGUAUUUUGCUCUUUUGGCUCCUAUUGUCACUUUCGGUGGACUUCUUGAAGAAGCAACGCAUCAACGAAUGGCCGCCAUGGAAAAUCUCUUUGGA